AUGACUUGGCUAGCGCAGAAGAGGAUCAGAUGCCAUCGCCUGGAGCGCCCAGUUGCGCGCAAGCUGGCGUUAAACAGCGUCGAAGCAGAUGGUUGCACAACAUUGCAGCUCCAUCGUCUAUCGUCCAUCGUGAGAAUCGCAAGAGGUGUAGAAGUGGCCCGGGCAAUCCACCCGACGCUGGCACGCUGCGCCCCAGAUGCCUGCCUUAGAUUUCCCCGAUGCCCCAGGCCAAGCAAUGACUGCCUGCUCCUGUCUGUUGUAUUCGAACCAUGCGGCGCAAGGGUGGAUGCAGAGAAUGCAUCUGCAUUGACUGCAUCAUGUAGACAUCUCUGUCAUGCAGCCGGUUCACCGGUUAACCUUCUGGAAUAUUGUACAGUUCCGACUUUACCACCCGACAGUUUGCUGCAGCCUGCAGCCAAGAUCCCCAGAUUCACCCGGGCACAGGCCAGAUUAGACAAUACAAUAUCGAUUGUUGCCUACAUUUAUCUUAAUGCAGGUGUUAUUGACAGCCUAUCAUCACUGAUCCUGCUCCUCCAAGUUUUAAGCGAGGGUGGACAUUCUUUCCAUCCCUACACUCCUUGGAGUUUGUUAAUCAAAGGAGUUGAUUACAUUGCCAUCAUGAGCCACUGCGGCCUCAGACAGACUAAGCCAAUCUCUCGUGGCAUUUAG